AUGGAUAGUUUCCACGCAGGCCGUGCGUGGACGUGGCCACGGUGGCCAUGGCGGGCUGCAUUUCCAUCCUUCCAGCAAACACUGCCACAGGGCUGGCAAGCCGCCCCUGCCCGGCCUGUUUUGACCAGUUCGCCGGCAGCGGCUGCGCUGAGACCUCAGUCACCGUCCUCCAUCCGAACACCUCCGCCCAAGCAUAAAGUGACAGCGCCUCUUAGUGCCAAGAAAGAGGAGAAUCCCAAGAAGAGGAAGCGCGUGGAUGCAGUUGUGGGUUUCAACUUGGACCAACCCGAGAAGACUUCAGCAGCGAUCGUGUGCGACUUCAUGCAGCCACAUUCUCAGUUUUACGACCUUUGCUUGUGCAUCGGUUUCGACAUGAAGCGACUCAACCACACAAAGCCUGGUGAAGAUCGUGGUGUGAAGUUCGAAACGUUGAUCGUAGAAAACGGGUGGCAAUCAACCGUUACAUGUACUGCAAACAGUGCAGCCUGCGAGACCGCAUCUGUGUGGAGCGGCCGAGGCUUCCAGGGUGAGGUGAAGUCGGAUGAACUGAGUGCGAAAAACUCCGCAGCUGAUGCCUUCCGGGACGAUCCUGAUGUUCGAUCGACUGCUUGGCAACUUGAGCCAUCCAAGCGUGUGGUUUGGCUGAACGAGCAGCGCAAACAGCACAAGCGUGCCAUGCGCUCGGGGAGCGCCGGUUCGGCAAAGCCAGGCUGA